GCACCCUCCAUGUACAAUGAGGUGAUUGAACCAGAACACCACAGGCUGACUGAAUGCUCAAUCUCCUUCUCCGGCUCUCAGGAAGGACGUCCCCCUCCCUGCGAGUCAACACUCCCAGCCCCACCCCCUGUGGGCAUGGGGGGAUGGCAGGCAAGACUGAGCAAGACCAACCCAAACUCGCCACUGUACCAGAGUCCAGGUGCCGAGAUCUCAGUUUGCACGAAGAUUCACCACAAAUGUCCCCCGAGCUCCGGCUCCGCGGCUCCAGAACCGGGCCAGGGAAACGGCACGGACAAAACCCGGCGGUCAGGCUCGGACUCAUUUUCAUUGUGCAAAUCCAGGCCCCACCAUCGCACCGAUCGAGCAAGGACAGGCCCCCGGUUGAGAAGAAACCCCGGGGUUUCGUAUUUUGACCUGCGAAACACCAUAGACGAUAAAAGGCAAGUUUCAAGGCGGAUGAAGCGCCGAAGACAGUCGGACGGUUCAGAUGCAUCCUGUAACUGGGCCAGUGAAGGGUUCAGCCGGGCGACUCAGAGCCGGCCGGGAACUCAAACCAGACGUGCGGGCCUCCGGCACAGCGAUAAGGACCCCUGUCCCCAGGGAGGGUCCUUCUCUUGUGAUGGUCUGUUGCUCCUAGGAGCAUAAGAAACACUGCAGAUGAGAGGAAGGGGUGGCCAGUCUACAGGAGCUUGUUGAUUGAUCCAAGGAUCUGCUCCUUCUGCCCUCUCAUGAGAGAAGACAGGGUUUCGGUUCGGACCGUGUCUGAUCCACUUGUUCCUCAAACGUAUGAGUACAGAAAAGCCUCCUGUUUGUUUGUUUUUAUCAGUUUUCACUGCACUUCGUGUGGAUGUUCCCCACUAAACCGCGAGCGUGUGCGCGCGUACACAGGUUAUGAAAUCAGCGCACAU